AUGACAUCAUUCGCCCUUUUUGUGAGUGUUCUAAGUGCUCUGAUCGCCUUCGCGGGCAGCCGAUCAGUGGAGAGUGAGGCUGAGAGUGUCUCUUGGAUUCCACCAUUGCCUCCUGUCACGGAUCCUUGGGAAACCCCGUGGGAUCCGCCUGUUAGCAGCCCAGCAUGGACUCCACCCACGCCGCCGUGGACUGACACUCCCUGGGAGACGCCCUGGGAUCCACCGGUGACCGAAGACGGCACCACCACAACGGAAUCCUCUCUGCCGCCCAUCUGGACGCCUCCUCCGGUGCCCACCCUCGAUCCGCCGAUCACAAGCACAGAGUGGCGUCCGCCGCUGAAUCCGACCAUGACGCCUCCGAUCACCGCGACUACUCCGCCAUGGUGGUCGCCUCCGCCGAACCCAACCAUUACACCCCCAAUUCAAACCCUUCCACCCGAUUGGGGCCCGCCGAGCAACCCCACAUUCCCAACACCAACAACCACCACAACAACAACCACAACAACGACCACGACGACUGAAACGACAACGACAACGACUGAAGAAGUUGAAGUUACGGAUCCAAUUCCAGACGACUGGGAGCCUCCCAUUGUACCAACGAUUUCCACACCGCAAAUCCCAUGUUGCUCAGACAUGUGGGAUUACUUUGGAGACAGAGUGAAGUUCUUGUACAUUUUCCUCAUUCUUGUGUCUCUAAAAAUACCACUCAUCAGUUCAGAAUCGAAUUUCACAGAAUGUGACAUCCCCAACGAGAGUGAGAGGGGUGUGUGCAGGCCCACGAACGACUGCCAAGCCUACCGGCAGUUGCUCAACCAGAGGCCGUUGCACGCCGAAAGGGUGAACUUCUUGAGGCACCUUCCCUGCAAUGACAGUGAUUCUGUGUGCUGCACGGCGGACAACCGAAACUACGAAAAGCCCAGCAUUGAGAGUGACCCAUCCAAGAAGAAGGAUAGAACGCACUCGGUGAAAGUGGCUUUCGAGACUCGAUUCGGCGGCGAUGAACUGCCCGCGCUCAAGGAAUGUGGAAACUCACUCGGGAAUAAGAUUAUCGGUGGAAAAAUUGCUGGCCUCGAUGACUAUCCGUGGAUGGCGUUACUUAUUUAUGGAUCAAGUUCGAGCACUAAGCCGCAAUUUGGCUGCGGAGGAGGUUUAAUAUCUCACAAUUACGUCUUAACGGCGGCUCAUUGUGUGACAGGACCAAUCACCGAGACGAAAGGAAGCCUAAUAAAAGUUCGCCUGGGCGAAUACAACACCGACACGGUGGAGGAUUGCAUUCAGGAGAUUGACGAUCAGUUGGACUGCGCCGAUCCGGCUGUGGACUUUGACGUGCAGAAGAUCAUCCCUCAUCCGGAAUAUGACUCAGACGCGCGCUCCAAGUAUCACGAUAUUGCGCUCAUCAAACUCGCGAGGCCGACAAACUUCACGGACUUCAUUCAGCCGAUCUGUCUGCCGAUGAAUGGUCUCACCCACGGCAUCCAGACGGGCCAGCGGCUGGCGGUGGCGGGUUGGGGCAAGACGGACAUGUUUCGCGAAACGCGCGGCUUCCAGGCGAGUCCGGUGAAGUUGUACGUGCGCCUGCCCAUCAUUGACAUCUCCAAGUGCUCCCAAGUCUACCGGCCCUCGCGGCUGAUCCUGGGCCCGGGCCAGGUGUGCGCCGGCGGGAUGAGGUCCGAGGACACCUGCCCGGGCGACAGCGGAAGCCCGCUGAUGCACUUCGCGACGCGGGAGAGCAAGUGGGUGGCGUCGGGCGUGGUCAGUUUGGGGCUCAACGAGUGCGGCACCGACGGCAUUCCCGGCGUCUACACUCGCGUGGACACUUACAUGCCCUGGAUUCUGUCGACAAUCCAGGCGGAUUGAGGGCAUUCGCACCCCAUCCGCGCGGGGCUAAUGAACUCUCCUGCAGCCAAACAUCUUUCACCGCAUUCAAUGUUUCUCUCCUGCCUUCGGGACUAUUGUUGAUUUUUUGCAGGCGUACCACCCAUUGUACUCGACACAUCUAAUUAGAUUUCCACCAGAGGAGAACAAAAACAUCGAUCUUAUGCACUUUGAGGAGAAAGAGGACCCGAAAAAAAUGUCACCGCACACAACCCCAAAGAGGUUCCCAUCGAGUCUCUGCACGCCGUCGGUUUCUUUUUUUUUCAUGGUAUUAAUUUUGUGCCGGUGGACAAAAAAUCCAAUAAAUUGUUUUGAAACAAUAAAUUACCCGGGAUAAAUAUUUGCCUAG